ACUUUGGGCUACAGGAGCCCUGGUUGGGCGGCUCCGCGGGCUAUCAUGAGGAGGACGUAUUUCUGCGAUUACUGCGGCAGAUCCUUCCAGGACAACCUCCAUAACCGCAAGAAACACCUCCAGGGGGUACAGCACCAGAGGGCCAAGAAAUUCUGGUUCGACUCUUUCCGAGAUACUGCUACAAUCCUAGCAGAAGAACUUACCAAAAAGCCAUGCAGAAAGUUUCUGCAAUCGGGCCAAUGCGAUUUUGGUGCAAGCUGCAAAUUUUCCCAUAUGACCGAUGAGGAUGUUCAAAGGCUGAGACGGAAAGUGGAUGAAGAGACUAAAUCGGAAGACCCUGUCUGCCAGGCUCCUAAUAUUGAUGAGUGGUUGGAAAAGAGGAACAGAAGGAAACAAAACCGUUCACACGGCAGCGAUUCAGAGAUGGAAAAAGCCAGCCCUGACGUUAUGUACUGGCGGCCUCCAGGAUUUCCUCCACUUCACGAACUGCCUCCUUCUCUCCAUCCUCCGCCCCCUGGAGGCUGGAAAAUGCCGCUGAAUAUUGAGUGGGGUUAAUACUUUUAAGUUUAAGGAAUUUUACAGCAUAGUACAGCAUUCCAAGACAUUAUCCUACAUGAAGGGCACUAUGUAAAUGCAGGCAUGUCAGUAAUUGUUUAAAUGUUCUAAAUAUAAUUGUUAUUGUAUUUAUACACUAUGCACAGUUCUUUGGGAAUUUCCGCUCUGCAAGCAGUACAGCUUGAAUGUAAUUACGGAAAACGAGAAUUAAACAAAGCGAUCUUAGCC